CUCUCUGUCUCGCUCCCUCUCUCUUAAUGCUUAAGGUGAAGAGUGCAGAGCAAGCCGAUCCCAACACAUGGUUUAAUCCUACUCUGUCCCAGGAGGAGAAAGACCCGGAGAGCGAGGGAGCAAGAGAGAGAUUCCCAAAGAGAGAGAAGAGAGGAACGUCUUCCUUCCCAGCACUGGCAAGCAGGUGUGAAACCCCCUCCCUCUCACACCCAGCCAGCCACUAUUCCUCCCCUACCAGUGAGGGAUCCCCUGCAGAUCCCCCUGCUUUUUCUGUGGACUUCUAUCUCAAAGAAUUGGGGGGGAGGAGGGUACCCCAUUAAUUGCUCACUGGCUAUCUCUACAAUGGCAAUGUGUCUUUAAGCACCUUUUUCCGAAACCGCAGCAUGUCCCCACGUGUGGCUCCGGAUUGUAGUAGGGGGGUACAAGUGAGCAUUUCGAGUAGGGGCUGUGCAUUACUAGCUGACUAGGGCAAGUAAUACCUAAUAUUACAAAGGUAUCAUCUGAAACCACCCUGGAAUCCAGAAUUGUGGAGAGGAGGGGAGAAGAGCAAUGAUAUUCUUAUUAAAGGGUGACGUGUAAAUUUAAAAGGGAAGACUUUGUGCUCCCCACUCUACCCAGCCUCCACCCAUCAAAUUCUGGGGUUGGAAGAAUUGUUCGCUUUGAAUUUUAAUAGGAUUUUUUUUUUCCCUUCAUCUAUAGAACAUCUGUUGCUGCAAAAGACACCUCUUUGGACAGAUUUCAAACACACCUCCCUUUCUUUUAAAUGUACAGAAAUCUCCUAAUAGAUCAUUUCUGGAAUUUGCAUUUUUUUUUUUGGCAAAAUUGCUGUGCUGUAUUUAACCCCCAAAAUCCACACUAGGGAAGGAGUGACUCCUGAAAUCCCAUCAAUAAUGCACAAUAGAGCAUAAUGUUGUAACCUGCUGACAUCUAAAAUAUGUCUUUUUCUCAAGUUCACCUGAAUGUGUGUGUAGCUGUGUAUCAGAGGAUUCCUAGUAGCCGUUUCCUAGCUGCUGCCGGCUGCCGGCUGCCAUUCCAUUGAAAUUAGUUUGCUGUAAUUAUUACAAUUGGGUAAGCAUUUGGCAGACAAUAUAGCUUCUGACUUUCAAGUUCUUACUGAUAUGUGAGCCCUUGCUGUUAACACUUGACUGCAUUUCUGUGCAACUAUUCCUUGUUCCUUUUUUUAAAGACUGAAAUACCAAAAUAUCUCUUUUUUUUAAUAUCUUUUUGCACAUUAUAAACCCAUUGUUCCAAAUAAUGCCAGUUUUUGCCAAUGACUGGAAACCUUCUUGAAGGAAUAGCCCCUUCUUUUAUGUGAGUGUUGCUUUUGAUUUUUGCCAGGUUCAGACUGAUUUUCAUAUCUACAUGCAAAUCUAUUUAUUAAUAAUUCAGUGGCUUGUCUGCAGGUGAUCUAAGAGACCCUUUCCUUUAGUCACAUAGUGCUCCCUAAACUUACAUCUUUUUUUGGCUUAAUCAUUGACACCCCUUUGUCCUCGAGACCUUUUGCUGGAUGACGAUUUUCAAAUGCGGAUUUAAGUACUAUUUUUGUUGAAGACAGAAGGGUAUUUUUGAGAGCCAGUGAUGGAGAAACUGGAAGCUGAAUCAGAUGUGGAGCCUCAGGGUCGCCCUCGUUCGUGCACCUGGCCACUACUUCCUGAAUCCUCCCCGGAUUUGCCCUUGCCUCCCCCUGGCCUGGACCCAGGGCAGAUGCGAAAAGCCAAGAGUUCACGCAGGAAUGCCUGGGGUAACUUGUCUUAUGCUGACCUCAUCACCAAGGCCAUAGAGAGCUCACCAGAGAGACGUCUGACCCUUUCUCAAAUCUACGACUGGAUGGUGCGAUUUGUACCUUACUUUAAAGAUAAGGGUGACAGCAACAGCUCUGCCGGUUGGAAGAAUUCUAUCAGACAUAAUCUCUCCCUACAUACACGCUUUAUCCGUGUUCAAAAUGAAGGAACAGGAAAGAGUUCUUGGUGGAUGCUAAACCCAGAAGGUGGAAAGACUGGGAAAACUCCACGGAGGAGAGCAGCAUCUAUGGACAGCACAAAUGGAAAGUUCUUAAGGAUAAAGGGCAAAACAGGGAAGAAGAAGCAACAACAGGUGCAAACUGCACCAGAACCAACAGUAGAAGGCAGUCCUUCUUCUCAACAAGCAAAGUGGUCCGAAAGUCCAUCUUCCCACACCAGUGAUGACUUUGAUGUUUGGGCUGAAUAUCACAACAGAGCCAACACUGUGGCUGGGAAUAUGAGUGGAAGACUUUCACCCAUUUUGGGAAAUGAUGAGCCAGAUGACCUGGAUGAUGAUGAGGUCACACCCUCUUCCCCUCUAAUGUACCCUAGCCCAUCUAGCGCCCUCUCUCCUAAUGCCCGCUGUUCAGUUGAAAUGCCACGGCUUGCAGAACUUAGUGGUAAUAUAGGUAUGAGUGAGGGGCUCUCAGAUCAUUUACUGGAUGAGCUCCAGGAUGGUUAUAAUGUAGACUCUGCUGCUGCCCUACGCCAACGAAGCCCUGCAUUUUCAUUCACAUCUAAGUGCCCAACUUUAAGCAGCAGCUCUAAUGCUUUUUGCGGCACUGUUUAUAAUCAGCCGACUAUGGGAAUGAUGAGGCGGUUACCCAUGCAGACAAUCCAAGAGAACAAACAAGCUGCUUUUUCUCCAGGCAGUACAUACAGGAAUUCAUCCCUCCAGGAUCUCCUAACUGCCAUGUCCUAUGGACAUAAAGAAGGACUUGUGCAGAGUGAUCCAGGUUUAGCCACUAUGCUGGGGCCACAGCGUAACCAUAGGCAGAACACAGGCAUGCUAAACAAUUGUGACUCAGGACAAGUGCCAUACUCUGCCAGUUUAAUAAAAAGCCACAACCUAUACCACCCACCAACUCUCAAUCAUCACUGCUCUGUUAACAACAGUGCCUUAGCUAGCUCAAGUGGACUGAUAAACUCUGAAUCCUGCAGCUUAUCAUCUAUUCCACAUCACAACUACUAUAGUAGUCAAGGUGGACAUGGAAACCUGCUAGAAGGGCCAUACCAAGGCCCAUACCACCACCACCACCAUCACCAUCAUCAUCAUCCUCAAAUGUACAAUCAGGACAGAUUCCCAACAGACUUAGACUUAGAUAUGUUCAAUGGUACUUUAGAAUGUGAUGUGGAAUCAAUCAUUCUCAAUGACUUCAUGGACAAUGACGAAAUGGACUUCAACUUUGACUCUGCUCUGCCACCACAAGGAGGGUUCAACAUGGCUGCCACAGCACAGCCUGCAAAUCAAAGCUGGGUACAAGGUUAAAUUGCAUUGAAAGCCAGUUUGCAAUCUUAAGUUAGAUGCAUUUUCUUCAAGGCAAUCAGACAGAUAUUUAUCUCAUAUAAGUAAAUGUUUGGUUGAUAUAUUAUAUUGGUUUCAUUGGACCUUCUUUUGGAUGGUAAAAUAAUAAAUGGUUAGGUUUUUAGAGCAGUUUUGUGGGAAAAAAAUUAUGAUUUAACUCAUAUACCAAUACCAAGGCCUAAUUUCCAAUCACAUUUUGUUCCGAAGUUCAGUCUCCCACAAAAAAAAAGUUUGUGAAAAAGUUGCCUUUGUUUGACCUUUUGUUAAAGUCAGUUUGAAAAGUUUGUUCCCACUGCAAUGGUCCAUUUUUACGGGUGAUAAGUUGUGAAGUGUUUCUUUUCCAAAGAAAGGAAUCUCAGUUUUUUUGUGCACUUUGUUAAGCGUAAUCAUUACAGUGUAUUUAUUUUGUAAUGUCAGAACAGCAGAGUUUAGAUUCCGAUACAUCACUUUGUAUAAGACAUGUUAUAAACUAACAUUGGGUUGUAUAUCUAAUUAUGUAUCUGAUGAGAGAACAUUAUCUGGGUCCCUUUAAGGUAUGUAAGCCAUUCUGAGCACGAGAUUACAUCUUCUGUAUGGUACUUCUCUUACAUCCUACCUGAUGUUCUUAACUUUUAAGUCUCAAAAAGUAGGUAAAAAACACGAAAAUAUUUACUGUCAGCAAAUGAUGAACUAUGACAACUCUCUUGUGAAAUGUGCUUUAUUUACACGUAUAGCUUAUGUCUGGUGCAAUGAAUUCUAAUGAUCAGAGAUGUCAUCAGGGAUAGGGACACUGGCACAUGUAUGGGGAAAUAGUAAAGAUGGGCAUAUGCCAAGGAACACUGCUCAGGGUCAGGGGUUGGUGAAAAGAGCUUUGGAUUACUUUAUCAUGUGACAGCUAUUCAAUUUUGACACUACAAUCUAAGAAUUUUUCUUCCAUGAAUUAUUGCUGAGUCUGCAAUUUUUGGCAGAAAAUCUUUACGUGUAUGACUUAGGCUUAGGUCUGAAUGAUGCAGUGCAACUUGCAAGAUCGCUAGUUAAAAACCUAUCAUAAAUAAUCUGCCAGCAUUUUUCAAUUUUAGUCCUCAAGAAACCCCAGCAGGUCAGGUUUGGAGGCUUUCCUUAAUAUUGCACAGUUUUAUAAUGGUCGUUAAUUCAGUAAUUUCCGUAGGUUUUCCCUUCAUAGGAACUCUUAAACAUGACCUGUUUGUGUUCUUUGAGCACUACAUUAAAGGAAUCCUGAAGUAGAGGAUAAGCAGGUACGUAAAAAAAAUUUGUACAAAACAAUAAUCUCACAUUCUAAAACAAGACUUCUAAAACAAUACCUUUAAAGGACAAACUCAGGUUAAUCAACAUAAGAAGUAAAACAAAUGAUAGAUGCAGAAUGAUAUUUAACAGUCAUAUGUUAGCUUUACCUGGUUAGUCUGUUUUACAUAAUAUCAUAAUUACAGGAAUAUUAUGACUAUUAUAAGACUAGUUUUAGAUGAAUGUAAUGGGGCCACAUUUUAUCAUCCAUUUUAUGAUCACAAUAUCCAGAUCUCCCAUGGUUCUACUGAACCAAAUCUAUGUCACCAACAAACUAUGUGGUGAUCUUAGUUUACUUUAGUAGAACCACUUGGGUCUUGUGGAUGUGUUUUUGGACACAAAAAUGUUGUCUCAUUACAGCCUUUUGGAAUCGGUCUGAUAUAACAUCCCUUCUUUCUGUAUGGAAAUAAUGACAACUGUUGAGAGGAAAAGUGAUGGUAUGAUGAACAGAAGACAUUAAGAAUCCCUGCACUUUGUAGCAGCACUCAGCGGCACUAAAUGAGUUAUCUGAUGUGAACAGCUAAUUCUUAUCAGCCUUCUCUUCCCUUACUUAAACCAGACAUUUACUGAAACUGGCACUUUGUUCUGCCACAGAGCACAAACAAGUUAAAUGGGAGCGCCUACAGUCGAAAUGGUGGUAAAAGGCAUUUUCACUGAAUAAAGUUGCACAUUUUUUUUCUAUUAUGGUGCUACAGCCAAUGCAAUAGUUUUGGCUAUUUUAUUUACUCUUAUCCAAUAUACAGCUGGGUCAAGCUGUGUUUGGGCAGUGACUCUCAUAAUUUAGCCUCUGAACACAAUCACAAUAGAUCUGAAAGAAAGUCAUCAAUGAUCGUCUAAAGUUAAAGGGUUUAACAAAAAUAUUACAUUGACUGUUUAGCAAGAAUGCCCUUUUUUGUGCAGUCCCUCCAUUUUUGCAGACUCAAAAGUACCGUACUUGGACAGACUAAUAAAAUUAUACAUAUAGAAUGAGUUUUAGUACCUAGGUACACCAAGUAGUAACCAAGUAAAGCAUGCUUUGUUGGAUGUCUGCCUCAACCAUUAAACCAUCAAAAAAAAUGUCCACUUAUUUACCUGAUGGAGCGCCUGGAUUGCAUUUGGAGUAGGUCAUAGGUCUUUAUCCUUCUUUACCAAUAAGCAUCAUUCUGUCAUUAUUGUGGGAUUUAACUAAAUUUAACAGUUUAGGACUAAACCCUUUAGAAUUCAUAUAAUAAAAAAAAACACUAGUGGCAGUAGUCCAUUGACAGACAUACAUGCCUACGCCAAACUAGUGUCUCAACCAUAUGAUGUUAUACUUUGUUGUACCACCUACACCUUCUUUAUACUGUCCUCUUCCCAUCAUUCCGGUAUAAGUUAAUCUUGGCUUUAUCUGUCCAAAUGAUUAUAAGCUGGCGAUACACACUAUAUUAAUAUUGUUUAACUCUCUGAUUUCACCAGGAGCUACAGCCCAUCUGCACCAUUAACAUGCUCAAUCUUUUUGAUCUAAUUUAAAGGUGAUGGCCUACACUUCUCUAUCAUAUUGAUGGCUUUGUUUAUUAUCUAUUGUGGUGAGGCUUAGAAGAUAAACUGUAAGAAUGAUGUCACUGUCCAAAUACUUCUGUAGGCAUACAUAUAGAUAGAUGGGGGGGGGGGGGGGGAUUUAUGAAAUCUACUAGAAAUAAAAACAAUCACCAGUUGGAUCACAGAUGGUCAUUUUCCAUGACAUGUUGGAAAAUAAAAUUAGAAACCUACUUGGUUAACAUCAACACAUCCUUUAUUCUUUGUUUGCCAGGAAUACGUGAUUUUCCUCCAUCAUAAUUAUAGGUUCUAGAUAAAUUGUACCAAAAAUGAACCCAAAAACAUUAUUGUUGAAGAUACUGUACAGAUGUGUUUACCCUCAUGAUGCAAACACAAUGUAUUAUUGCAAGUUGCUUCCUAAACCUCCAAUGUACUGUACAUAAAAACCACUGGAUAGUCACAUUUGAAAGAGCAUCAAAAAAUCAUGUUUUCUUUUUCUAAGCUAGUCGUCUUUUGACACACAUCUUGGGAUAUUCUUAAUCCAAGGAAAGAUAAGGAAGGACACAUUUGUACUUACUGACAGUAUAUGAACUAAAUUAUGGCUCAGAAAUGUGCACCAGAUUGAUAGAAGAAUGGUACCAUGGUUAAUGCAAAAAUAGUAAGAUGUUCCCUGAUGAAGCAUUGGAGUAGGUCAAUACAUGGUGUAAGUGAAUGCUGUCUCGUACAUUUCUGUGCCAUGAGGGUGAAGCAGUUCUUUUUAUAUGUGGCCCUUGCCUUGGAAACAUACCAAGCUUCCUCCUGCAAAGUGACAGUAUAUAUUUGAGACACAUGAAUGUCUAUUGUCAUGCAAGCCUCCAAAAGUCUGUGUUUUUGGUAUCUCUUUUACUGGGCCAUCUAAAAAAGGGAUACAGUUGACUUUAUAUAAGAUGGAUCCAAACGUACUGUAUGCUGUGCAAACAUAUUGGACACAUCUGCCAUUCACCUUUACAUUAACAUACUUUUUUGUGCUAUCCUGUUGUACUGACAAGACCUGCAGCCCACAUUUUUCUAUACUGCCAAAAAGGCAUCCUGACAGAAACCUGCCCGGUUCAUGCCUAAUACACUUUUGGCAUAUUUCUUAUAAUAUACUUCCUGACCUGUACUGUCAGCUGUAUGGAAAAACAUAGUGUGAAUUGAGUUUCGGUAUCUUUUUAGCCAAGGUCACACAUCCUGCAGCAGUGGUUUUAUUUAAAACAGAACUUUAUCUUUCUCAGUACGGUAUGUUUUGGAAUAGAGAGAAAAAAAAUGCCAGAAUGCAAUUGCUGAUGUUUGCCUUUUGUUUUCCAUAACCAUAAUUUGGCUGCAUUUUAGCUUCUAUUGGACCCCCUGCGGUUCCACUGAACCGAAAUUCAAAUACCAAGUGAGAGCAUACUGUGCUUCUAUCACAUAACUUACUAAAGAACGAGAGCAUUUUAUAUGGGCUCUUUAGAAAUAUUGGUGCAAAGUAAAUAAAUGGUGUUGCCUUCUCAAUGCCAGUUCAUAGACAUCUGUAAUGUGUACAAAUCAAGCCAACUGUAGCUUUGUAAUGAAAUGCCAUAAACGCCAUGCACUUUAACGUUCUGUCCCUAGAAGACAGCAUUAACUGAUCAAUACACACAGAACAAACCUAUAUAUUAUAUACUAAAUUUAUAUAAUAUAUAUUUGAACCUAUAUAAGCUAGUAACAUUUUCUACAGGAUCAUGUGUGACAAUCUAACAACCCAUAUCUUUUCUAAUUAAUUGUUACCUGUGAGGAGUGAAGGGUUGGCCAUUGUACCUUAAUUCCAGACUUUCCCAAGAAAAACAGAGUGAAUCCAUUUUAAAAGCCUUAUUUAUUCAGAUAUAUUUAAUGAUAUACAUUGCUAAUAUAUAUGUUUGUGAUAUAUUUUUGUGUUAUUUUCUUGGCUGUGUAUAAAGGAACAUAACAUUUCAACCCUCGGCAAACAUUAUGGAAUCACUACCCAGCUUUUAUACAGUUAUGACACAAAACACAUUCUAUGGUUGGACAUUCUGGAUUUAUGAAACAUAUCACAAAUAAAUGAAAGUAAAACCUCAGCACAAGACCACAUUUUUGAGAUGACCACCCCCUUAUCCAAACCAUACAUGAUGCAUAGUGAGACCACCCUCAUAAAAGACCACUUAAAAAAAAAAAAAAAAGUUACUACUUUGUGCCACCUCCUUAGACUUUUAUGACAUUCCGUGUCCUCUGAGGCAUGGACUUUCUUAAAGGGGUACUCGAGCGCUAAGACAUCUCAUCCCCUAUCCAAAGGAUAGGGGAUAAGAUGCCUGAUCGCGGGGGUCCAGCCGCUGGGGACCCCCGUGAUCUUCCACACCGCACCCCGUUAGAAUCAGCCCCCGGAGCGUGCCCACUCCGGGUCUGAUUACUGUCGAUCACGGGGACGGAGCAGUGACGUCACGGCUCCGCCCCGUGUGAUGUCAUGCUCCGCCCCCUGCGGCGUGGAAGAUCACGGGGGUCCCCAGCGGUGGGACCCCACGAUCAGGCAUCUUAUCCCCUAUCCUUUGGAUACUCCUUUAAUGAUAAAUUAUAUUCUGUACCAGGAUGGUUUCUAUUUUCUUAUAGAGCUGUUGGUAGAUCAUCUUAAUAGGAUGGAGACUUGUUUGGACUUUUUUUUUUUUCACCAAAAAUAUUUAAUCAGAUAUAGACAAAGUAAAAAGAAAACAGGGUAAAUAUGCUUGAAAAGUAGUGAUUGGAUAGUUUUUGCCAAAGGUUGUAGUAUGAAAAAAGGGGGUUCACAAAGUUCUUGGUCUUUUUUUACUCAAUAUCAUGAUUGGAUAAAGAAAAGACACAAUUGAUAUGGUUUUUGAUUUCCCCCAUAGAAUGUGUUCCUGACUCAGAGAAAAUGAUGCCAAACUACUGGGUCAUGUGACUGAAACUUGUGAAAUGGGCUAAGGACAUUACUUUCAAUUAUUACUUUGUUCUAAUAAAAAAAAAAAAAAAAAAAAAGGAGAAGGUUCUAACACAAAUAAUUCAAUAGACAUUUAAUGAAAAAUAGUUUUUGAUGUAGUCUUGUAUUUAUCCCACAAAGAGCUGUUUGGAGAAGCCUAAUGUUAAUAUAAAUAUGCAAGUAAACCCACAAUUCUGAAUAGAUAAAAGUAUGCACACAUCAGCGAGAGUUGAGUUUAAAGUGAAGGGGUUAAUAAUUGUAAUUGUGAUUGAUUUGCCCCGUUCUGGUCAGUUCGGUGUUCUUACUUCUUUGGAUGACUAUAGUCAAACUGCUGUUGGUACCUGUACUGUUUUCAUGCUUUCUGUGUGUACGCUUAAUGAGACUGCACUGCCAUGGCCUUUUCCCCUCAGUUGUUAAUGUAUGCUAGGAUACAUAUAUGGUGCAUAUAUCUUAUACAUAUACAUAAAGCCUUCCAAAGCAUAUCUGUCCAAGUAAGCCAUGUGUGCUGAAUUCCUAUGGUAGAAAAACAAUAAGAUAUGUAUAUCAAAGGCUAAACUAUACUUCCAGUCAUACUUAAAAAAAAUUGUCCUGUCCAAUGGAAACAAAUGUAUCUAAAUCUGGGAUAACACACAUCAUCCUAGUUCUGAAUAUUGUGGCUGUUUACAUGUUCUUUUUUAUGUUUUUAUUUCAUUUACAGAAUUUAAUAUAUACAAUACCAUGUACAUACAGAAAUAUAUGAGGAAUUAUUUUAUUUUAUGUUGCUGUUUUCUUUUUUGUAUGCACACAAACCAUUUUGAGUUCAAAUGUUAAGGACUGUUAAUUUUUAUGUCCUCUGUAAUAAUUGAGGUUUUGUCAUUGUGGCAAUGCUGCAUUUACGUAUCAUGCAGCAUAAUGUAGGCUGGACAUACUGUAAAAGGGGCAUAAGCCUGCAAGGUUAUGUGUACCAAUGCCUUCCUCUGGAACAAAAGUGGUGGAAGGUGAGUUAUGAGAUUCGUGUCUAUUAGAGAAGGGGGGAACCUACAAGGCUAACUCCGAAAGUGCCUUACUGCACCAGGAAAUGCCAUGUAGUAUCUCACAGUUACAAUAAUUUCUUCUGUAAAUGAACACACCUCCUUAUAUGAUUCUACUGAAUA